AUGGCUUCUGCAUUGCUAUUUCUUUUCUGCUUCUUCCUUAUUAUAUUGCUUCCAUGUACCUCCCUUGCUCAAACAUCCACAAACAUAUCUUUAGGUUCAUCCCUUGCUGCACUUAAUGAUAACUUGUCCUGGCCAUCGCCAUCUGGUGAGUUUGCUUUUGGUUUCAGACAGAUCGGAAAAGAUGGCUUCCUGCUAGCCAUCUGGUUCAACAAAAUACCAGAUAGAACCAUAGUGUGGUCAGCCAAUCGGAAUGAUCUAGUGCAAGAAGGAGCCAAAGUUGAACUUACUAGUGAUGGAAUGCUCGUGCUUAGAAACUCGGAAGGCGGACAGGUAUGGAGUGCUAAUUCUGCUGGCACAGAAGUGGCCUAUGCCGCCAUGCUUGACACAGAAGUGGCCUAUGCCGCCAUGCUUGACACGGGGAAUUUUGUGCUGGCCAACACAAACUCAACCAAUUUGUGGGAGAGUUUUGAUGUACCAACUGAUACAAUCCUACCCACACAGACUCUAAAUCAGAACGGCAAACUCUUUGCUCGCUAUACAGAAACGAACUACUCACAAGGAAGAUUCCAGUUUAUACUACAAUCUGAUGGAAAUCUCUUGCUUUACACGACAAGAUUCCCACUGGAAUCCCCCAACUUUGCAUAUUAUGCAACCAUGACUAUGGGCACUGGCUUUCAGGUCAUCUUCAACAAGUCUGGGUCUAUUUACCUUACUGCCAAGAACGGAAGCAUACUUAAUAUGGUAUCAUCCAACACAGUUUCAAUGAAGAAUUUCUACCAGAAAGCUACUCUGGAGUAUGAUGGAAUUUUGAGGCACUCUGUUCACCCUAAAAGCAAUGGCUCAAGUGCUGGAACCCCCCUGGCUUGGUCCCCUUUGACCUCUGAACCUUCAGAUAUUUGCUUUAGAGUCGAAGGAGACAUAGGCAGUGGGGCAUGUGGGUACAACAGCUUAUGCAGUUAUAAUGAUAAAGGACCAGUUUGCCAGUGCCCGGAUGGUUACUCCUUCAUUGAUCUAAAUGAUAAGCUGAAAGGAUGCAAACAGAACUUCAUUUCACAAAGUUGCGACGAGGCCUCAUCAGAGACAAAUCUUUUUUAUUUUCAGGAGAUGCAAAACACAAAGUGGUACGGUGGUGAUUAUGAGCAAUUUACAUCAGUACAAGAGGAUUGGUGCAGACAAAGUUGCUUAGGUGAUUGUUUUUGUGCUGUUGCUGUUUUCAACAAUGGAGAGUGUUUGAAGAAGAGAAUUCCUUUUUCGAAUGGGAGGAUGAACCCCAGUAUUGGUGGAAAAGCUCUCAUCAAAAUAAGGAAAGACAGCCCUCCUUUGACACCUGAAGGUCCAAAUGCAAAAAAGAAAGAUAACUCAACUAUGAUCCUCAUUGGAUCAGUGCUCCUCAGUAGCUCGGGGUUUUUGAACUUGGUUUUACUAUUAACAACCUACUUUAUUGUUUCUCGCAUUUAUAAUAAAAAUGCAGGGGCGAUUCAAGCUUACUCAGUCAUGCCAGGUAUGAAUGUGAAAUGUUUCACUUACGAGGAGCUAAAUGAAGCUACCAACGGAUUCAAGGAAGAACUAGGCCGUGGUGCUUUCGCAACAGUUUUUAAAGGAGUUUUAGCAUUUGAGAACAGGAAAUGUGUUGCUGUCAAAAGAUUGGACACUAUUGUUGGAGAAAAUGAGUUGGAAUUCAAAGCUGAAAUGAGCGCAAUUGGCAGAACAAAUCACAGAAAUUUAGUCCAACUACUAGGAUUCUGCAACGAGGGGCAGCACCGAAUUCUUGUGUAUGAGUUUAUGAGCAAAGGUUCCCUAGCAAGCUUCCUCUUUGGAGAAUCAAGGCCUAACUGGUACCAAAGAAGGCAAAUUGCCUUGGGUACUGCAAGAGGGCUCUUGUAUUUGCAUGAGGAGUGUAGCAUGCAAAUCAUACAUUGUGACAUUAAGCCUCAAAACAUUCUUCUAGAUGACUCUCUCACAGCCAGAAUUUCUGACUUCGGAUUAGCAAAGCUUUUGAGAACGGACCAGACUCGAACUACCACUGGAAUCAGGGGAACCAAAGGGUAUGUGGCCCCUGAAUGGUUCAAAAGCUUGCCAAUCACAAUGAAGGUGGAUGUUUACAGCUAUGGAAUUAUGUUAUUAGAGAUUGUUUGUUGCAGGAAGAAAUACGAAGCAAACAUAGAGGACGAAGAUCAAAUGUUACUCGCUGAUUGGACAUAUGAAUGCUAUAAGCAAAAGAAACUGCAUCUGCUGUUGGAGAAUGAUGAUGAGGCAAUGCAUGACAUCAAGAAGAUGGAGAAGUAUGUGAUGAUCGCAGUUUGGUGCAUUCAGGAGGAUCCAUCACUCAGACCUACAAUGAAGAAAGUCACACAGAUGCUUGAAGGAACUGUUGAAGUGUCAGUUCCGCCUGGUCCUUCCUCUUUUAUAAGUUCAGUAUUUUGAGUGCUUGCAACUAUAAUUCCAAUUUUCUGGGUAUCAGAAAUUUAUUAUGUCUCA